AUGUUAUCGGUGACGGACCUGUUGUUCUUCGCGUUCGUAACGCUGAUCACUUCCUACGCGAUAAGAUAUAUCAUCUAUCGUCCGCGUCAGUUCCCGCCAGGACUGCCCCGGCUACCGUUGCUGGGCAGCUACCCGUUUCUGCUGGCCAUCAACUACAAUCAUCUGCACCGUGCCGCAGCAACGCUGAGCCGCGUGUUGGGCUGCAAGUUGAUCGGUAUAUUCCUUGGCGAAACACCGGCAGUCAUCGUGAACGAUCAUACCAUUGUGCGACAAGUGUUGCAGCGCUCCGAGUUCGAUGGCCGACCGGAUCUAUUCCUGGCACGGCUGCGCGACGAACGUUACGCGCGCCGAGGACUAUUCUUCACCGACGGUGACAGUUGGCGUGAGCAGCGCAAGUUUUUCCUCAAGGCCCUGCACGAGUAUGGAUUCGGGACGCGAAGUGACACCGUAGAACAAGACGUGCAGGAUGGGCUAGGCGAUCUGGUUGCAUUGCUCAAGGAUGGACCCAAGCACGAUCACGAGCGGGCUGUCGUCGAUGGAACGGACGGGUACGCGCUCUGUCCGCAGGUGUUUUUCGCGCUUUUCUCCAACGUAAUGCUGCGCAUGCUGACCGGCUCCCGGCUGGAACGGGAAGAUCAAGCGGUUCUGUUUGAGGUUGGUGCGUGUUCGCUUGCCUUCCAUCGACAGGGCGACGAUUACGGGCUGGCACUCAGCUACAUCCCAUGGAUCCGCCACGUGCUUCCGGGUUUCUCCCGAUACCGCGUGCUGCGAGAAGUGAACCGUAAGGCGAACGGUGUGAUCCAAUCACUUGUGGAAAAGUGUGAGCAAACGUACAGUGAAGAUGAUAUCCGGUGCUUCAUUGAUGCGUACAUCCGAGAGCUGCGUCGGACGGGCAACAAACCCACCAGUGGAAGUGACACCUUUGGAUUUGAGUAUGAUCAGCUCAUUAUCGGGUGCGCCGAUUUUCUCGUGCCAGCAUUCUCAGCCAUUCCGGCUAAGCUCGGACUGAUCCUACAGCGCCUGGUCACACAUCCGGACGUGGUGGAAAAGAUGCAAGCCGAAAUCGAACAGCACGUUGGUCAAUCACGAAUGCCGUCGUUGGGCGAUCGAGGACAACUGAACUACUGCGAAGCCGUUGUACGAGAAGGCCUACGCAUCGAUACACUUGUACCUUCGGGUAUUCCGCACGUGGCCACCGUUGACACGGAACUCGCUGGCUAUCGAAUCCCGAAGGGUACGCUGAUCAUCAAUGGGCUGGACUAUAUCAACCAUCAACAGGACGUUUUUCCCGAACCGGAAACAUUCCGUCCAGAACGGUUCCUAGAUGCCGACGGAAAACUGUCGCUGGAGCUAGAUCGAUCCGUCCCAUUCGGAGCAGGAAAGCGUGUCUGUGCGGGAGAAUCCUUCGCCCGUAACGCGCUUUUCCUCACGAUCACGACCCUGGUGCAGCAGUUCACGUUCACCACGGAACACACACCUGAUCCAAAACAACACCUGACCGGUGUUAUUCGUACCACGCCUGAUUAUAGGAUUAAAUUUUCAGCGCGUUGAGAUGCAUCUUUCCGAUACUCACACCAAGCGUAUUUAUUUUCUUUUCCUAACCGUAUUUAUCGACUCGAUGAACUUAACGUUUUACGAUCAAGUUACUGAAGAGUAUGAAUAUUUAUGAAUGAAUAUGUAUUUUGCUUGAAUAUGAAUGAAUUUCCAUUAACUUAUAUUUAAACAAAAUUUCCAUAUGCA